AUGUCUCCUCCAAAUGUAUUAGUAACCGGAGGAGCGGGAUAUAUAGGCUCCCAUACAGUCUUGGAAAUGAUGAAUGCAGGUUACAACGUGGUUUGCAUAGAUAACUUGAGUAAUGCGUACAGUUCAGGAUCGUCUAAGUUACCUGAAUCAUUGAAUAGAGUUCAAAAGCUAACUGGGAAAACAUUAAUUUACUAUUGCAUUGAUAUUACUGAUCGAGAUCAAGUGCGUUCUGUUUUUCAAGAGCAUAAAAUUGAUAUGGUGGCUCAUUUUGCUGCUCUUAAAGCAGUUGGAGAAUCCUGUCGUAUACCUCUUCAAUACUAUCAUAACAAUUUGACGGGCACCAAUGUUCUCUUGGAAGCCAUGGCGGAUAACAAUGUGUUUAAAUUUGUGUAUAGCUCCAGUGCCACCGUUUAUGGUGAACCCAAAUUCUUGCCUGUACCUGAAGAUCAUCCAACCGGUAAUUGUACAAGUCCCUAUGGAAAAACAAAGUACUUUACGGAAGAAAUAUUAAAGGAUCUAUGUAAAUCAGAUAAGCGCUGGGCAGUUGUGUCGUUGCGAUACUUUAAUCCAGUUGGUGCUCAUCCAAGUGGAUGCAUUGGCGAAGAUCCCAACGGAGAACCUAAUAACUUAAUGCCAUUUAUUGCUCAAGUGGCCGUCGGUCGUCGGGAUGUUUUGAAAAUUUAUGGUUCUGAUUUUCCAACCAAAGAUGGAACAGGCGUUCGCGAUUAUAUACAUAUUGUAGAUCUCGCAGAAGGGCACCUAAAAGCUUUGGAAAAAUUAAGAAAUGUAGCGGAAACAGGAUUUUUUGCUUAUAAUCUUGGAACUGGCGUUGGGUAUUCUGUUCUAGAAAUGGUGCAUGCCUUUGAAAAGGCUAGUAAUCGAAAAAUUAAUUAUGACAUAACUGAUCGACGAUCUGGAGAUGUAGCAACUUGUUUUGCUAAUGCUACGCUAGCUGAAGUUUCUCUCGGAUGGAAAGCUAAACGCGGCAUUGUAGAAAUGUGUGAAGAUACUUGGCGUUGGCAGAGCAAUAACCCUAAUGGAUAUGCUUCUAAAUAAUUUAAAUUGUAUUUGGAAACAAAUAACAUCCGUUUUUAAUAACAGUGUGCGGUAAUACAAUAUUUAGUAAUAGCAAUAUUUAGUAUUUACAACUUAUCCUUCGACAAUGUCGUAAAAAUAUUGUAAAAGUGUAAAAGUAAAGUGAUUUUUCGAUGCAAAAAACCUAAACUAUUUGUAUAGAAUAAAAAUUCAACAAGCCAAAUUAUCCACCAUUUAAACAUA